GCGCAGUCCACCCAAAACCCCAAAGAGACGAUGCUGACGCUGCUGGGCGCGUCUGUGCUGGGCGUGCCGAAGCGGGCGCAGCUGCUCGCGGCGCUCCAGGCGGUGCAGCCGCGUAUCGUGUCCGUCGACUGCGUCUACGUGCACUUUGUCGACGCGGUCGCGGCGCUCGACGAGGCCCAGCGCCGCGUGCUCGACGACCUGCUCCGCUACGGCGACGACGUCGCACUGGCCACCACGAGGGACAGACUUCGAGCGGAUCUCAAUGGUGGUGGAAGCACGGAGGGCAGUGCACAAGAGCAAGCCGCUGCCACGCUGCUCUAUGUCGUCCCUCGGCCCGGCAGCAUCUCGCCGUGGUCGUCCAAGGCGACGGACAUUGCCAAGAUGUGCAACCUGGGCGACGUGGUGCGGCGCAUCGAGCGCGGCGUGGCCUACGUUGUUGUGAGUGCCGGCGGCGUCCAGCUGACGGCCGACGAGCUGGCAUCGAUCCAGGACCAGGUGCACGACCGCAUGACGCAGUCGCUCUCGCCCCACGCGCCCACCGACGCCGCCGCCAUGUUCCACCGCGCCGAGCCUGCGCCGCUGCAGACUGUCGACCUGCUCGGUAGCGACGGCACCUCGGACCGGCAGGUGGCGCGGCAGCGCCUGCAGGCGGCCAACGAGCGCCUCGGCCUGGCGCUGGCGCCCGACGAGGUCGAGUACCUCGUGUCUGCCUUUAUCGUCGGUGCCGACGGCGACGUGGCUGCUGCGCUCCGGCGCAACCCGACCGACGUCGAGCUGUUCAUGUUUGCCCAGGUCAACUCGGAGCACUGCCGGCACAAGAUCUUCAAUGCCGACUGGACCAUCGAUGGCGCCAAGCGGGACAUGAGCCUGUUUGCCAUGAUUCGCAACACGCACAAGCUGCACCCCAAGUACACCAUCAGCGCAUACAGCGACAAUGCCGCCGUGCUCGAGGCGUACGAGGCGCCGCGCUUUGCCAGUGCGCCGUCGCCGGACGCCGAUGCUAAUGGACUCGUCGUCUACAGCGCCGUGCAGGAGGCCAUGCCGAUGAUCGUCAAGGUCGAGACGCACAACCACCCCACCGCCAUCAGCCCGUACCCUGGCGCAGCGACGGGCUCCGGCGGCGAGAUCCGCGACGAGGGCGCCGUCGGCCAGGGGUCCAAGCCCAAAGCGGGUCUCGUGGGCUUCAUGACGUCGAACCUGCUCCUCGACGAGGGCGCGGGCCGCAUGCCGUGGGAGGACGCCGGCGUGGGCAAGCCGGCGCACGUGAGCAGCGCACUCGACAUCAUGACCGACGCGCCCCUCGGCAGCGCCAACUUCAACAACGAGUUUGGCCGCCCGGGCCUCGGCGGCUUCUGGCGGACGUGGUGCGAGCGUGUGCCCGUGGGUGGUGGCAGCAAAGUAGGCGGGAUAGACGGGGCAGAAGGCAGGACUGAGCUCAGAGGAUACCACAAGCCCAUCAUGCUCGCUGGUGGCCUGGGCAACGUGCGGCCACAACAUGCGCUCAAGCACACCAUCACGCCCGGCGCUGCCAUCAUCGUCCUCGGUGGGCCGGGCAUGCUCAUCGGCCUCGGCGGCGGCGCGGCCUCGUCGAUGGCGUCGAGUGCCAGCCGGGCCGAACUCGACUUUGCGUCGGUGCAGCGCGAGAACCCCGAGAUGGAGCGGCGGUGCCAGUCGGUCAUCGAUGCCUGCUGCGCCCUCUCCGACGCCCCCGGCACCAUCGAUGGGCAGAUGGGCAGCGGCAACCCGAUCCAGAGCAUCCACGACGUCGGCGCCGGCGGGCUCAGCAACGCGCUCCCCGAGCUCGUCCACGACGCCGGCCUGGGCGCCCGCUUCGAGAUCCGCGACGUCCUCGUCGACGACCCGGGCAUGUCGCCCAUGGAGAUCUGGUGCAACGAGUCGCAGGAGCGCUACGUCGUCGCCGUCCAGCAGCACGACCUCGCGCGAUUCGAGGACAUUUGCCGCCGCGAGCGAUGCCCUUACUCGGUCGUGGGCGAGGCCACACGCGAGCAGGACCUUAUUGUGACAGACCGGCUGCUGGUGGGUAAGCCGAUUGCGCUGCCGAUGAGCACGCUGUUUGGCAAGCCGCCCAAGAUUGCGCGCCAGUCGACGCGCCUCGCCCCCAACCUGGUUCCCUUUGACGCCAGCCUGCGCGCCUAUCUGCCUUCGAUCGAGCACGACGACGGCGCACGCCUGGCCGCAGCCAUCGACCGCGUGCUGCACCUGCCCACGGUGGCCUCCAAGGCCUUUCUCAUCACCAUUGGCGACCGCAGCGUGACGGGCCUCGUGGCGCGCGACCAGAUGGUCGGGCCCUGGCAGGUGCCCGUCGCCGACGUCGCCGUCACGCGCACCUCGUACGGCUUCGACGACUGCCUCACGGGCGAGGCCAUGGCCUCGGGCGAGCGCACGCCCCUCGCCCUCAUCCACCCCGGUGCCUCGGCGCGCAUGGCCGUGGGUGAAGCACUGACGAACAUGGCUGCCGCGAGCAUCGAGUCGAUUGAGCGCGUCAAGCUGAGUGCCAACUGGAUGUGCGCUGCCAGUCAUGCCGACGAGGGCUCGCGGCUGUACGAGGCCGUUGAGGCUGUUGGCAUGGACCUGUGCCCCAAGCUGGGCCUCUCGAUCCCCGUGGGCAAGGACUCCAUGUCGAUGAAGAUGGCCUGGGCAGACGGCGCAACACAGCAGCCGCGCGAGGUCACGGCGCCCCUCAGCCUCAUCGUCACGGCCUUUGCGCCCGUGGACCGGAUCGACAAGACGUGGACGCCGCAGCUGCGCGCCGAUGUUGCCGACGACGAGGAGACGGUGCUGCUGUUUGUCGACCUGGCCAACGGCAAGAAGCGCUUGGGCGGCAGCUGCCUGGCCCAGGUGUUUAAGCAGCUCGGCGACGAGGCGCCCGACGUCGAGGACGCCGCCGUGCUCCGCGCCUUUUUCGACGCCUGCUACACGCUGCAUGCGCUCGAGGUGCAGAGCCGCAACGCAAAGGAGCCCAGCCUCGUGCUCGCCUACCACGACCGCUCCGACGGCGGCCUCCUCACGACGGUGCUUGAGAUGUGCUUUGCCGGCCACGUUGGUGUCGAGCUCUUUGUCGACACGUUGGCUGCCAGCACAAGCACCGACGCCGUCAUGGCCAGCCUCUUCAACGAGGAGCUCGGCGCCGUGCUGCAGGUGCGCGCGUCGACGGUCAAGGCCGUCUCGGCCGUCUUUGCCGCUGCGGGCGUGCCCUCGCACAGCCUCCACGUCGUCGGCCGCGUCACGCCGGCGUCGGAGUCGAUCAAGAUCGUCUCGCGCUCCCAGGCCGUGUUUGAGUCGACGCGUGGUGCGCUCCAGGCCGCCUGGUCCGAGACGUCGUACCGCAUGCAGGCCCGGCGCGACAACCCGCUGACGUCGCGCUCCGAGUUUGACCUUAUCCACGAGCGCCAGCACGCACUCACCUAUGCGCUCUCCUACGAGCCCGGCGCCGACGUCGUCCUGCCCGCGAUCCGCACGCUGCCCCUGACGCAGCGGCCCAAGGUGGCCAUCCUGCGCGAGCAGGGCGUCAACGGGCACAUUGAGAUGGCCUAUGCCUUUCAUGCUGCUGGGUUUGCCGCCAUCGACGUCCACAUGUCCGACCUCGUCAGUGGGCGCGUGGGUCUCGAGGCCAUGGUCGGUCUGGCCGCGUGCGGCGGCUUCAGCUUCGGCGACGUCCUCGGCGCCGGCGCCGGCUGGGCCAAGGCGUGCCUGCUCAAUGCGCGUGUGCGCACCCAGCUCGACGCCUUUUUCCGGCGCCGCGACACGUUUGCCCUCGGCGUCUGCAACGGCUGCCAGCUCUUUUCCCAGCUCGGCCAGGCCGGCCUGCUGGAGGCAAGUGACACGACCGAUGGUGGUCAACACUGGCCCAGCUUCAAGGGCAACGAGAGCGCGCGCUUCGAGGCGCGCGUGUGCAACGUCGCCAUCGACGCAGACACGCCGAGCAUCUUCCUGCGCGAGAUGCGCGGCAGCAUCCUGCCUGCCAUUGUCGCCCACGGCGAGGGCCGCGUGUCGUUUGGUCACGAGCAGCAGCAGCAGGAAAGUGCACGAAUCGAGGCGCUGGAGCGCAGCGGCCGCGUCGCGAUGCGCUACGUCGACGGCGCCGGCGCGCCCACGGAGCGCUACCCGCUCAACCCCAACGGCAGCGCGCACGGCAUCACGGCGCUGUCGAGCGCCGACGGCCGCGUGCUCGCCCUCAUGCCCCACCCCGAGCGCGGCGUGUCGGCCGAGGCGAUGAGCUGGAAGCCGCCGGGCGCCAGUGCCCAGUGGAAGGGCCGCGGGCCGUGGUUGCGCAUGUUUGAGAGUGCCCGGCGUUGGGUGCACGCCAACGAGGCUGGCGACCUCAAGCCUUAGAUCCUUGCAAAGCCUUUGUGCAUGUAUGCACGCGAUCCCUCCUAAACACAAACACAUGUACGAUGGUCACCAGUGCUGCUGAAUAGAAUACAAAUACAAUGCAAUGG